UUAGAGGAAUUGAAAAAAUUGGCUUGAUUCCACCAGACAUGAUUUGUUUGAGCUCAUGAACCAACCACCACUACUAUGCUUCUGUUUAUUAAGAGAAAGUCAAUGCCUUUUCUUCAACAGUGUCUAAGAGAAAGAGAGAGACUGGUCCUAAGGUUUGAGCUUUCUUGGAUUCCUUCAAGUUCUUCCCUUUUACUUUCUUCUUCUGUUCAAAUUCGUUUACUUCACUCCUUUUGUCUAAACAAACCCUAAUCCUUUUUCUUUCCUUAAUUUCUAAAAAGUUUCCAUUUUUAGAGUCUCUCUUCAAGAUCUUACAAAUCCGUCACUUCCUAGGGUUUUCUUAAAAAAAGAUCCUCCCUUUCUCCGACCCUUUCGCCGAAUCAUCUCAUUCCUCUAAAUGCAUUUCUCUCUGUGGAAGCAAAUUCACCACUGCGCCACUCUCAUCUUAGACAAAAGCAAAAGCAGCAGAAGAAGAAGCAGCAACAGAGAUGGUGGUGGGUCCUCCGACACUUCCCUCAAUGCAGCAAGGAAAGAAUCCGCCUUGCUACGGAAACUCUACGAAGACAAGCUCAGGGAAGCUCUAGAGGAAGCCUCCGAGAACGGGUCACUCUUCAAAUCCCAAACCAUCGACCAAGGCGACGGCGCAGACGCAGCAGCCGUGGGACGCUCCAGAUCCUUAGCUAGGCUCCACGCGCAGCGUGACUUCCUACGCGCCACCGCUCUAGCAGCCGAGCACGUGUUCGAAUCAGAGGACUCUCUCCCCGACCUCCUCGAAGCUCUCACCAAGUUCCUCACCAUGUACCCCAAGUACCAAGCUUCGGAGAAGAUCGACCAGCUGAGAUCCGACGAGUAUAAUCACUUGUCAGGCUCCAAGGUAUGUCUUGACUACUGUGGGUUUGGUCUCUUCUCUUAUGUCCAAACUCUCCACUAUUGGGACACUUGCACGUUUAGCUUGUCUGAGAUCACUGCUAAUUUAAGCAACCACGCGCUUUACGGUGGAGCAGAGAGUGGAACUGUUGAGCACGAUAUCAAGACCAGGAUCAUGGACUAUUUGAACAUACCUGAGAACGAGUACGGUCUUGUCUUCACCGUGAGCAGAGGCUCGGCUUUCAAGCUGUUAGCUGAGUCUUACCCUUUCCAGACGAACAAGCGGCUUUUAACGAUGUUCGACCACGAGAGCCAGUCUGUGAACUGGAUGGCGCAGACUGCUAAGGAGAAAGGCGCAAAGGCUUACAACGCUUGGUUCAAGUGGCCGAGCUUGAAGCUCUGCUCGACUGAUCUGAAGAAGAGGCUUUCUUAUAAGAAGAGGAAGAAGAAAGACUCUGCGGUUGGGUUGUUUGUGUUCCCUGCGCAGUCUAGAGUUACUGGUGGUAAGUAUUCUUACCAGUGGAUGGCUUUAGCUCAGCAGAAUCAUUGGCAUGUGUUGCUUGACGCCGGCUCUCUAGGUCCCAAGGACAUGGAUUCGCUUGGUUUGUCCUUGUUUAGGCCUGAGUUUAUCGUUACUUCGUUCUACCGUGUGUUUGGACAUGAUCCUACAGGGUUUGGUUGUCUGUUGAUUAAGAAGUCGGUGAUGGGGAGUCUUCAGAGUCAGUCUGGCAAAACAGGAUCAGGAAUAGUGAAGAUCACUCCUCAGUAUCCCUUGUAUCUGAGUGAUUCGGUAGACGGUCUUGAUGGAUUGGUUGGUUUCGAAGAUGAUGGCAAGACCAAAGAAGCAUCAGCAGCAGCAGCUCAUCGGCGUCCGGCUUUCUCCGGAGCAUACACUUCAGCGCAAGUGAGGGAUGUGUUUGAAACAGAUAUCUUGGAAGAUAACAUCUCUUCCGAUAGAGAUGGAACUACGAGCACGACGAUAUUCGAAGAAGAGACAGAGAGUGUUUCGGUUGGGGAGCUGAUGAAAAGCCCUGUUUUCAGUGAAGAUGAGUCCUCUGAGAAUUCGUUCUGGAUCGAUCUUGGUCAAAGCCCUCUCGGUGGUUCUAACAAGAUUGCAUCUCCAUUGCCACCGGUUUGGUUCUCCAAACAGAAACAACGUCACUCAGGUACUAAACAAGGUCCAAAGAGUUACAGUAAUCCUAUAUAUGAUGAUGGUAGAGACGUCCUCUCGUUCGACGCUGCUGUUAUGUCGGUUACAGAGCACACGACUCCUACACGGAACAACAGGAGGAGUUCUGGUAGUAAUAAUCAAGAGAUACAGGAAGAGAACUGCUCAUCAGAGAUCAAAGAGAGUGCGAUCAGACGAGAAACAGAAGGGGAGUUCAGGUUGUUAGGAGGGAGAGAUGGUGGUAGGAGCAGGGUAUUAGGUGUGGAGGAUGAACAUACGAGCAAAGGAAGACGAGUUUCUUUUAACGUGGACCGUGUUAGUCAUAGUAUAGUAGAGCCUGGUGAACCUUCUCUAUCUAGUGUUUAUGAUGAAGAGUACAAUCACAACGCUAGUGAUGAUGAUGAAGGUGCGGAUGAUGAAUGGGAUAGGAGAGAGAGCGAAACAGAGAUUGUUUGCAGACAUAUCGAUCAUGUGAAUAUGCUAGGUCUUAAUAGAACAACGACAAGGCUGAGGUUUCUGAUUAACUGGCUUGUGGUGUCUUUACUGCAACUACAAGUGGCUGAAUCAGGAGGAGGAAGGAAGAUGAGUCUUGUGCAGAUAUAUGGACCAAAGAUCAAAUACGAAAGAGGAGCAGCGGUUGCAUUCAAUGUUAGAGAUAGAGGCAAAGGUUUUGUUAGUCCAGAGAUUGUUCAGAGACUGGGUGAAAGAGAAGGUAUAUCUUUAGGGAUUGGUAUAUUGAGUCACAUACGUGUAGUGGAUGAUAAUAAUAAACCAAGAAACCAUAGAGGAGCUCCUCGGAGUAGUAGUAGUAGUAGUAGUAGAGAAGAUGGUGGUUUGAACUUGCCGAGUGAAGUUGGGAGAAACGGGUUUAUGAGAUUUGAGGUUGUGACAGCUUCUCUUAGCUUCUUGACAAACUUUGAAGAUGUUUACAAGCUCUGGGGUUUUGUAGCCAAGUUCCUAAACCCUGGUUUCAGCAGAGAAGGUUCGCUUCCUACUGUUGAAGAAGAGGAAGCAGAGGAGGACUCAGAGACGUGAGUUUUGUUGUAGAAAUGCACAAAGCUACAACUUUUUAGAGAAGGUGACUCAGAGAGGCUGACAUAACCGAUCAAGAGAAUUGAUAUGGUUCACACGUCUGAACCAUUAUACGGUGGCUUUCCUGGAGAUGGAAAGAAGGUAAAGAAGAACUUACUGUGAAUGAAGAGAUUUGGUAUGGCUUGUAAUCUGAAAACAGAACUUUAUUGAUGAUCUAAAGAUUCUGCAUUUGUUUGUGUU